AUGACCGCCAUCCCUGUCCCACCGACCCAGGCGGCGCCCAACAUGAUGCCUGAUUACAAGGUCAGGCUUCUUCUCAGCCCAGAAGCCGUGCUCGAUCCUAAAAAGGAGCUAAUGGACACGGUCCGGUCGGCCUUGAAGAUUUCCCCGACCGUCAGUAAUAUGAAUGUCCAGUUCCUCGACACGAGCCCUAAGGAUCUCUUUGACGCCGACUGGAGCGUUCGUAUUCGUAAGACGGAGGGCCAAGACGACUUGGAGUUGACGUAUAAGAAGCGGUAUACGAUCAAGGAUGGUGAUAUUGAUGCCGCUCUUAUUGCGGCUAAAAACGAUGGUUUCAAUGCUGAAAACUCGAAAUACGAGUCGCAAGUCGAAUGGGGCUAA